AUGGUUGAGAUUGUAGGACAUAGAGCUUUCAAGGGAAAAUAUCCUGAAAACACGCUUUUAGCGUUCGAAAAGGCGUACGCAGCUGGGGCAGAUGUGAUCGAGACGGAUUUGCAAAUGACCAGCGAUGGUGUGGUGGUGGUCAACCACGACUCUGACACGGACCGGAUGUGGGACAAAAACCUGGUGAUUAGCGAGUCGACUUGGGAGGAGGUCAGGCGAUUGCGCUGCAAAGAGGACGGCUCUCUGGCUAUGAUGACCUUAAUGGAGAUCCUUGAGUGGGCAGUCAGUCAUCCCGGGGCCAAGUUGAUGUUGGACAUCAAGUUCACCAACGAGAAAAUCAUCAUGAUCAAGACGUUCGCUGCCAUGCUGGAGGUUAAGAAUGACUUGAAAUUUUGGCAAGAGAGGAUCACUUGGGGCAUUUGGAUGUUAGAUUGGUACGACUUCGGUAUCGAAACAGGAGUACUGAAAGACUUUAGAGUCAUCGUGAUAAGUUUAUCCUUAGAUAUCGCGUCUCAAUUUGUGAAGCGUUCCCUGUCGUUGAACGAUCCUCAUUACAAGCUUUUCGGCAUCAGCGUUCAUUUUGUCUCCUCGUGGACGAGCCGGUUCAGACUAAAGCUGCUACCGACUCUGAUGGAAAACGACAUCAAAGUAUAUUUGUGGACCGUCAACAAACCCGUCGAUUUCAAGUAUCUUUGUGAAUUACCAAUUUACGGUGCUAUCACUGAUGACCCGGUCAAGGCUAGGAAAUUAUGUGAAGGGCAGCCUAUGACAAAGCCGUCCUGUACUGGGAAGAAAUUCCGGAUACCUAGUUUGAGAUCUGUGGAUGGGCUAAGAUUCCAUGUCUUUGUCAAGGUCUACACCAUCCUUUGUACACUUUUGUUUUCCAAAUGGGUCCACAUCGAAGUGAGGGGUUGGUCCAUUGCUUACGUGAUUUUCCUAUUUCUUCGCACCAUUCAUUUUCUUUGA